AUGUCUCUAGUUGUUGCUGAACAAGGUUCUUUCCAACACAUUUUACGUUUGUUGAACACUAACGUUGAUGGUAAUGUUAAGAUUGUGUACGCUUUGACUACCAUUCGUGGUGUUGGUAGAAGAUAUGCCAACUUGAUCUGCAAGAAGGCCGAUGUGGACUUGAACAAGAGAGCUGGUGAGUUGACCCAGGAAGAAUUGGAAAGAAUUGUCCAAAUCAUGCAAAACCCAACUCACUACAAGAUUCCAGCUUGGUUCUUGAACAGACAAAAGGAUGUUAACGAUGGUAAGGACUACCACUCUUUGGCUAACAACUUGGAGUCUAAGUUGAGAGAUGACUUGGAAAGAUUGAAGAAGAUGAGAUCUCACCGUGGUAUCAGACACUUCUGGGGCUUGCGUGUUAGAGGUCAACACACCAAGACCACUGGUAGAAGAAGAGGUUAG